AUGGCGCUUCAUGGAUCUAGUUUCUGCUUAAAUGGAAAUGGUUCUUUUAGGGAAUUUUACAGCUUGCCGUGUUCCUGCAAUUAUAGUUUCGGGAUGCUUCAUCAUCUCUCUUCACCUUCUUUAAAGCAAUACAAUUUAGUUGUAGCAAAGACGUUUGGAAGGGGGAAUAAAAAUCAGUUUUUGCCUGGGGAUCGUCGUAUCAAAUUGCGGACUGAAAGACCCACAUCCUCUAUUCAGGCCUCUGGUUUACGGUUAUUAAGACCAUGUAAUGUGAAAGGCGAUGACUUAAAGGAUAAUGCAAGUGGCGAAAGCGUCUUAUUGGAUGUGCAAACCUUGGAGCGUGAUCUAGACAUUGCCAUUGCAGAGGAGAACUAUGCUAAAGCAGCACAAAUUAGGGAUAGCCUCAAACUUCUGCGCCAAGAUAGUACAACUUCUGUUUUAGCAGCAAAUGCUCAAUUUUACGAGUCAUUCAGGAUUGGGGAUCUAGCUGCCAUGCAAGCCCUUUGGGCCAACCGGAAAGAAGUCUGUUGUGUGCACCCUGGUGCACGUGGGAUAUAUGGUUAUGAAGAUGUUAUGACUAGCUGGGACUAUGUAUGGGCGAACUAUGAAUUUCCGCUAGAGAUUGAGCUGAAAGAUGUCAAUGUUCGUGUUAUAGGGGAUGUAGGGUAUGUUUCUUGUGUGGAAUUGGUUAAGACAAAGGGUAGCAGUUGGGGGGGACAGUUUGCAACAAAUGUGUUUGAGAGAAUUGAUGGUAAAUGGUUUAUCUGCAUUCACCAUGCUUCAGUUCUUGACUUGUGA